GAGUGUUGCUGUAGGUGGGAUGCAGGUUUGGCAGCACUUCCCAGUCCUCUGAGACCGCUUGCGUGUGUGAAGCCUUUUCGAAGCCCAUGCAGAAGAAUGGGGGGGCUCUGCGGCUGAUAUGAAAGUGAAGUUGCCCAGUCUCCAUGAGGUCUUAAGGAAUGAGCAGUCACUAUGGAGACCCAGUCCCAGGCCAGUUCUGCAGCUGAGAAGAAGAAGAGGGUAGAGACCAUUGUUGCUACAAAAGGCUCAUCUGCACGCACUGAUAUUAGUGAGAAAGCAGUGGCCUCCAGUACAACCUCAAAUGAAGAUGAAAGUUCAGGCACGCCGUACCACCGUGAGAGGCGCAAUGCCAUCAGUUCCCAGGCUCAAGCGCCCAGUGCUCGUGACAGGAGCGUAAACGAAGAACCCUCCACCUCCACGGAGGAACACCCGUCCCUGCUCAAGAAGGAGCUGCACGGCUCCCUGCCUCAUCUGACCGAGCAUGCCCUGCCGUACAGGGGCACGCUGUUUGCUACGAACCCUCGCAACGGCUACCUAGACUCACACUAUCCUGCUCCACAGUUCUUCCCCACCUUCCAUCCUCCUGUGCCAAUCGACGACAGACACACCCAGGGCCUUUACAUCUACGAGCCAUCCCCCAUGCCCCCUCUUCACGU